CUCCGAUGUCACCCCUAGGCGGAGGCGUCAGUAGACGGGCAGCAGCGGCACCCCUCCCGGCCUCGAGCUCCGUCACCGUGCGCUGCGCUACAGGGAAACGAUCGCCAUAGUGAACCGCACGCGAAGCACCUACGGACCCGUUAAACUGAGGAUAUCAGCGCAAGUUUGGCCGAUUUAAGUGGGGUGAGGCUGUGUGUUUUUCGUCGGAAAGGCGACUUGUGUUUGUGUGUGUUGGCGGAGAGUGGAAAAGACGGCAUCCGGCCUCCGAGAAGCAGGCGAGGGCAGGGACUCGCGACCGAACAACGUUUACCGUCUCUGGCCCCCCCUGCCUCAGAGGCCCAUGGAGAGGAUGAAGAGGUUUAAGAGACGUUUGUCGCUCACCCUGCGUGGUAGCCAGACGAUCGACGAGUCUCUCUCGGAGCUGGCGGAACAGAUGACCAUUGAGGAGAACAGCAGCAAGGACAGCGAGCCGAUUGUAAGGAAUGGCCGGCCGCCGUCGUCCCACAGCAUGCACUCGUUUUUGCACCAGUACACAGGCUCCUUUAAGAAGCCUCCUUUGCGGCGACCGCACAGUGUCAUCGGCGGCAGCCUGGGCUCCUUCAUGGCCAUGCCUCGAAACGGCAGCCGUCUCGACAUUGUUCAUGAGAAUCUGAAGAUGGGUUCGGAUGGAGAGAGUGAUCAGGCCUCAGGAACGUCUUCAGAUGAAGUGCAGUCUCCCACCGGAGUGUGUCUGCGCACCCGAAGCCACCGCCGCAUUUCCAUGGAGGAUCUGAACAAACGCUUGUCUUUGCCUGCUGAUAUCCGGAUUCCUGACGGCUACCUGGAAAAGCUACAGCUGAGCAGUCCACCGUUUGAUCAACCCCUCAGCCGACGCUCACGCAGAGCCUCACUGUCUGAAAUCGGCUUUGGGAAACUGGAGACUUAUAUCAAACUGGACAAGUUGGGAGAGGGCACGUAUGCCACCGUUUUCAAGGGGCGAAGCAAACUGACGGACAACCUGGUGGCUCUGAAGGAGAUCCGGCUGGAGCACGAGGAGGGAGCGCCGUGCACCGCUAUCAGAGAAGUGUCAUUACUGAAGGACUUAAAGCACGCCAACAUCGUCACGCUUCAUGACAUCGUCCACACAGACAAAUCACUCACGCUGGUGUUCGAGUACCUGGAUAAAGAUCUGAAGCAGUACAUGGAUGACUGUGGAAACAUCAUGAGCAUGCACAACGUCAAGAUUUUCCUCUUCCAGAUCCUGCGAGGUCUAGCGUACUGUCACAGACGAAAGGUUCUGCACAGAGACCUCAAACCACAGAACCUGCUCAUCAACGAGAGAGGAGAACUCAAACUGGCCGACUUCGGUCUGGCACGAGCCAAGUCUGUUCCCACAAAGACGUACUCUAAUGAAGUGGUGACCUUAUGGUACAGACCUCCUGAUGUGCUGCUGGGCUCCUCUGAGUACUCCACGCAGAUCGACAUGUGGGGUGUUGGAUGUAUAUUUUAUGAAAUGGCUGCAGGUCGGCCGCUUUUCCCAGGAUCCACUGUUGAAGAUGAGCUGCAUCUAAUCUUCAGAUUACUGGGCACACCCACAGAAGACAACUGGCCCGGCAUCUCAUCCAUCGAGGAGUUCAAAUCCUACAACUUCCCCAAAUACAAGCCGCAGCCCUUCAUCAAUCACGCACCCAGGUUGGACACUGAAGGGAUCGAGCUCUUAUUGUCUUUUCUAAGGUAUGAGUCCAAGAAGAGGAUUUCUGCAGACGAAUCCAUGAAACACUCCUACUUCAAGAGUCUGGGCAUGAGGAUUCACACACUGCCAGAAAGCAUAUCUAUAUUCACACUGAAGGAGGUGCAGCUCCAGCGAGAUCCUGGUUACAGGAACUCCUCGUACCCAGAGACAGGAAACAGCAAGAACAGACGGCAGAGCAUGCUGUUUUAA